AGGGGAUUGGGUUGCGAGCGUGAGAGAGAGAGAGAGAGUGAGGUGGCGCGUGAAGCCUGCGACAGUUUCUCACCUUCGCCGCGGGAAAAAAACCUUGCCCUAACGUACGUUUUAGGGCGCGCGAUGAGGUCAGCGAGGAAGAGGAAGAAGGAGGACGAGGACGAGGACGAGGAUGCGGAGGAGGCGGCGGCGGAGAAGCGGGCGGCGCGGUUCGUGAGCAUACCCUCAAAGCAGGUACAGGAGCGGAUGGACCGGGCGGUAGAGCACCGCUUGUAUCUCAUCGACAAGGACAUCGAGACCGACUGCAGCCGCGGCAGUUUCGUCAUCCUGGGUGCCACCGGGAAUGUGUACAAUGUGACGCUGGACAAGAAUCCAAGCUGCGACUGCCCAGACUUUGGCCGCUGCUACACUUGCAAGCACAUCCUGUUUGUGCUGCUACGAGUUGUCAAGCUCCCGCGCACCGACCACCGCUUGUGGCAGAAGGCGCUCCUCUCCUCGGAGGUCAAGGAGCUGCUGCAGAUGUGCGCGUCCAACGGCGAGGAGGCGGUGCUAGCCAGCCAGCGGGUGCGCCAGCGCUUCAAACAGAUCCACGGCAAGGACAAGGACGAGGAUGGACAGACGGAGGCCAAGAGCAUCCAGAGGAGCAUUGAAGGGGACUGCCCCAUAUGCUACGAGGCCAUGGCAAGCGCAGAUGGUACCCCCGCCGAAGAGCUUGUCUUUUGCAAGUCAUGCGGGAACAACGUUCACAAGGACUGCUUUGACCGCUGGAGCCGCAGCAAGUCCUCGUCCUAUUCCAAGGUCACUUGCAUCUACUGCAGGGCGGUGUGGGAGCACAAAUGCGGUGCCACAGCCGACGCUAGCUCCUCCGGCUAUGUCAACCUGGCGUCCUACUCGGAGGAUCACAACGAAGCCAACACCAGCCUCGAGGCCCUCUACCCCGACUGCUACGAGUGGAUCGCAAGACGAUGAAGAUAAGGUGGUUUCCAAUUUCUAGCUCUGCUCAAUCCACACCCGCGGGUUGAAGUGUACAGGAGUUCCACGUAGGCUGCACAAGCUUGCCACCUUCUUCACCGCUGACAAAAUGUGACUCUUCUUUUCUUUCA